UCAGGGCUGGCCUCGGUGCUGCUCCACCAGGGAAACGCCAGCCCAGGAGCUGCAGGAAGAUGAUGUGCCUGCCCACCUCCCCACCGGCGCUGAGGACGUGCCUGGGGCUCGGGCUCUUCAUGCUGCUCUGCCUUGGGAUAGGCCAAGCAGUGGAGAAGAAAGUAGUCAAAAGCAAAGUGGGGGAAAAGGUCAGCCUGCCUUGUUGCCAUGAAAUCCCCAGCUCAGAAAGCCUCCACAAGUACCGGGUGUACUGGCAGAAGAACAUCACAGACGUGGUGCUGGCCUACUCAGAGGGGAAGAUGAUCUCCCAGCACGAGCGGUACCAGAACCGGACAGAGAUGGACCCCUGGAACCUCACGCUGUGGAUCUCGCCCGUGGAGAUCCUGGACAAUGGCUCCUACCAGUGCGUGGUGCAGCGCAACUCAGUGCUGGCCUGCAGCGAGUCUGUCAUCCUCUUUGUGACAGCUGACUUCAGCAAGCCCAACAUUACGGCAGAAGUGUCCGCUGACUCUUGCGAGUCGACUGAGAUGGUGAUAACCUGUUCUUCUCACGGAGGUUUCCCCAAGCCCAGAAUCUCUGGAACCCUCAACAACAUGUCCAUGGAGUGGAAUGCCAGCUGGGUGUCUGAGUCCAGCUUCAGCCCCUACAAUGUCACUGGAAAACUGGCGCUCAACGUGACCAAGGAUGUCAACAUCACUUGCUCUCUUGAAUACAGCGGCUUUGCCACGUCCUCCAGUUUGCUUCUGAAAAAAACAAACAACUGCGUGGUUCCUCCUGUGCCUCCACCUUAUAAUGUCAUUACUGCUUCAAUUAUCAUCGUUAUCACCUUCAUUCUGGCUAUCACCCUGGCAGCAAGAUACCUCCCAAGGCAUGUUUGUUCUCACUGUUGUAAGCACCAGGAUUCGGUGGAAGAGGGUGUGAAAGAACACACAAAGGCACGCAUGAGCUCUAAAGUGACAGCUGAAACAUCAUCUGUAUGACCAGAUAGCAUUUGCAGGUUCUUCACGCUGUGCAUCCCGCACUGCAGACUCCACUGUUGGCUGUACAGC